GCUGUCAUUCUCUGUGAAAAUAGACGCCACCCAAGCAAACGAGGAAAUUUGUUUACUCAAUGUAAAUUACAGCUCACUGCGUCAGUGAACGAAUGAUAGUGAAGUGCAGCUCCAGUACACCAAACUUGGCAGUGCCCAGUGCCCAGUGCCUAACUGCCCAGUUGCAUUAUACACGAACAUUUCUGAAGUGUAGGUGCAGCAAGCCUGAGAGUGUCCAGCCAUAUUAGCAUUGGUGAAGUGUUAAGAGGUCCUCUGGAGGAUCAGGUACGUCCCUGACAUGGCUCCGUCACACAGCGACCAGAGGACCCCCAGCAUGGCGCCUUCCCCAGCCCCCCAGCGCAUCUCAGACCAGGAACAAGAUAAAGAUGCCCUGGAGGAGCUACGAUCCAAUGGGAAAUGGGCGGCAGGAAUAACGAUCCUCAGCUUCAUGUACGGGGACCUGACGGUGGCGAGCCAGCUGCCCCCAGACCCCCGUCAACACUCAUGGCUCCUCAUGAAGUCCCCCUAUCCGGCCCUCAUCGCCUCCCUCCUCUACAUCGCCGUCGUCACCUGGUGGGGGCCCCUCUACAUGCGCUCCAAGCAGCCUGUCUCCGGGUUGAAGCGUGUUAUGAUUGUCUAUAACGCGUUUCAGGUCGUGUUUUCUACCUGGAUUUUUUAUGAGGGUGGCAUGAGUGGCUGGUUCAACAGUUACAAGCUCUUCUGUCAGCCAUGUGACUUCUCUGAUAACCCACAAGCCACGCGGAUGCUGAACAUCGUGUACUGGUACUUCUUCUCCAAGUUCAUUGACUUCAUCGACACUGUGUUCUUCGUGCUCAACAAGAAACAUGAGCACAUCUCGCUGCUCCACGUCACUCACCACUCAUUGAUGCCUUCGAGUGUGUGGUUUGGCGUCCUAUAUCAACCAGGCGGUCACAGCACCUUCAUGGGGUUCCUGAACGCCUUCGUCCACGCCGUCAUGUACUCGUACUACCUGCUGGCGGCCAUGGGGCCCCGAGUCCGUCCCUUCCUCUGGUGGAAGAAGUACCUCACCACCCUCCAGAUGGUCCAGUUCACAGCCAUAUUCUUCCACUCUCUCUCGCUGAUGUUCCUGGAGUGUGAUGUGCCGUCAGUGUUCGUACGGUGGCUCUGUGGCUUCGCUGCUCUCUUCUUCAUCCUCUUCACUGACUUCUACAUCAAGGCGUACCGGAAACGCGGCAAGGACCAGGGAGAAGCUCGAGGAAACGGAAGAAGAGACUACCUUACAAACAUGUGUUACAUUGGUGCGCCAGUCGGGUUAAUAAAUGGUAUGUCUAACAACGUCCCAAAGCAGAUGACCAACGAUAUCUUCCACAGCUCAUCCUCGGAUAUUGCAAAUGGCGUUACCAAGAGGUCACCCAACAGUAUUCCCGAGGACUCAAGUAAUGGCGAGCCUGUGGGUGCGUCCCUCUAUGUUCCUCAACACCUUCCUCCACAUCUUCAGGAAAACAUGAGAUUGCGAAAUCUAAUCAGACAGUAGGUGAUUGGGUUCCUUUCGGUGCUGCUCAUUCCAUAAGGGACAAAUCUGGGCAAAUGACGUUGGUGUAACAUUGAAACAUCGUUGAUUUAACGUUAGUAGAGCAUAUUGUGUCCAGUGGAUUAUAUUUGGUCCUCUGGCAGCUGUGAGAUGCCAUUGAUAUCUGCUAAGACCGCCACCAGAUGCCUCCGCAAACAUAGGUGCCUGCUAAAGCCACACGCAGACGCCUACCAAGACUGGUUAUGUCUUGUCAACCGAGACAAGACCACCACACAAAUAUCAAAGCAACAUGUCGCUUGUCACAAAGAUGGUUUAUUGCGAAACUUUCUAGAUCUCAAGAUCAACAUUCUAAACAUUUGAUCUUAAGGUCAGUUCACAAGGCACCUCAGAUCUUAAGGUCAACUCAGGAAGCACUACAUAUCCUUAAGGUCAAUUCACGAGGCUCUCUAGAUCUCAAGUUCAACUGAAGAAGCACUCUUAAUCUUAACAAUUUACAAUGUUGUCGUAAAUGAUUGUUUACUUUUCAUUGUGAAAGCUUUACAUGGAUUUUCAGAAUCAAUGAAUCGUUUCUGAUUAAAAUAAUGUAAUAAAUGAAGGUUUCCUUUUGCUUGUACUAAGUAAACUAUAAGCGAGGGACCACUAGGAACUGAUAUUAUUAACAUUUUCACAACACAGUUGCUUAGUUAUAAUUGUCUCAUAAUUUCUAGAUAUAGAUACUAAGUUAAUAUCCAAUCAUAGAAUAGAUCUUAGUUGACAGUCUUUAAUUACUUUUAGGUGAAUCCCUUCAGUAUUUUUUUUUAUAUUGUAAAUCUAUUUUAAAAUCAAUUCCAGACAGGGUUCACUUAUAUUAUUAAGAAGGAACCUGUUGGAUCUGACUGUAAGAGUUAAUGGUUUCCCAUAGUCGAGGAUAGGAAGCCUGUGUAAGCUUAACGGAGUAGCGAACCUAUGGCACGUGUGCCCCAAGUGGCAUGUAAACACACGAGACACAUGUGUGUUUAGCUCUCGGUACCCAACAGUCAUUGGCAUACUCGGCUCACAACUAAUUGGUAAUCGGUUCGAUUCCUGUAUAGGACGUAGCUUUUAUGGACGUUUUUUUGUACAUUUCGAAGCCUCUGUUUCACCCUAGCAGUAACUAGGUGCCUGAGAGUUGGUUAACUGUUAUGGGUCAUCUUGGGGAAGGGUGUCGUACACCCUUCGCGGGAGGGGCCAGAUGAAGAGGCUCAGGAGGGGCGGGGGGUCCUCGUCGAACUUGAUAGGCUUCCUGUUUCUUGAUAGGCUAUGAUGAAGAAAACGAUUACAGUGCAAAGCUCUUUGUGAUUUCUUGUUAAUUUUGACCACAAUGCAGCAGUAUUUUUUUAAACCCAUUUAUUGUCUCUUUAUUAUUUUCUAUAUACUCGCCUAACUGUAUUUGUGGGAGGUUGAGCCACGGCUCUUGGGUCCCCACCUCUCAAUCCAUAAUAGACUGGUGAAUAGAUUCCAAAGCCAAGGCUGUGUCAUAGCUACAUUUAAAGCUGUAUAUGGAGUCUGCCUCCACCACUUCAUCUAUGUAUCCGUGCCUAAACACAUUUGUUUAGUUAAUAUUGCCACUGUAUUAUAUUUACGAGUUAUGUUCCCUCCAGAUAUGUCUAUAGCUUACAGGUACUGCGGUAUUAAAUAUACUGUUUUAUACAUUGUAAAUCUUAUAAAUAUAUUAGCAAUGUUC